UCGCAAAAGCAACGUCAAUUUCCGCUGAGGCUGCACGCAGCGGUGUGGAGUUGCCAGCAGAGUUGUAUUUAUUAUAUUUUCAGCGAUUGAAAUGGAUGUGGUUGUGUAUAUAGUGGCUGUGGUUAUUCUGCUCGUUCUGAUCGUGUUUGCUGUGAAGGUUCGUGGAAGGACUGAAGAAGCAGCUGAUGGUGAAGAUGGUCAGAAUGUGCUUCGAGCCGCGGCCCGUCCUCAGCCGGCACCGGAGCGUCCAGCAGGAAUGCCUCGGCGCCGCAGAAACCUGCACAGCAGAGUGAACGUCCAGCGCGCACAGCAGCCGGCAGACAACGAGGAUAGUCCUGUGGAAGCGGAUGAGGAUCAGGAAGAUGGACCGCCAUCUGAGGAACGUCCUCAAACCGCUGCUAAAGUCGGAGCGAAGAAACAGAAGAAGCUGGAAGAGAAACAAGCACGGAAAGCUCAAAGAGAGGCUGAGCUGGAGGAGCGAGAGGAGAGGAGGAAGAUGCAGGAGCUCAGAGAUCAAGAGAGACAGAAAGAAGAAGAGAAGGAGAAACUGCAAGAGCAAAAACGGGAGGAGGAGCUGCAGCGGUCCCGGGAGGAGCAGGAGCGGAAGGAGGAGGAGGAGUACCUGCGGCUGAAGGAGUCCUUCGUGAUCGAGGAUCAGGGAGAAGCAGAGGAGCUCAGCGAACAGGAGUCUCGCAGCCUGCUGCAGGAGUUCAUCCAGUAUGUCCAGACAUCUAAAGUGGUUUUGUUGGAGGAUUUGGCGUCCCGCUUUAGCAUGCGCACACAGGAUGCUAUUGCCAGACUGCAGGACCUGAUAGCAGACGGCUCCCUGACAGGAGUGGUGGACGACCGAGGGAAGUUUAUUUUCAUCACGCCGGAGGAGCUGGACGCUGUGGCUCGCUUCAUCAAACAGAGAGGAAGAGUCUCCAUCUCUGAACUCGUUCAAGCCAGCAACACCCUCAUAAACCUCACGCCUGAGCUCCAGACCAAUGCAUGAAUAAAGUGGCAUGCAUGAGAUCUAAUGCCUAAUGUCCCUUAUGUCACCCUGUAAGCAUCAUCCAGUAGGGAUGGAUGUAUUUUUCUAAGUCUGCAAUAUUUCAGUACAUAG